UUGGUCCGCGUCGGUGGCGACGCCGAUGACGUGGUGCUGCGAAACACCGUUGUUCGCACCGAUGCCCGCGAUUUGGAGCUUUUACCAAAAUUGAUGAAUACCAUCUGCAUGCUUAUCGCAUGGACUGAGAGCAACGAUCCUGAUGUAAAAAAGGGAAAUAUCCAGAAGAGAGACGCUUUCUUCAAUCCUGACACCCACACAACUCCUGACAUUACCCAUUUCAAGAGUCACUGGAAAACUGUCAGAAGACUUGAGCCAUGCCCUGCGUUCAGGCUCAGUAUGGAUCAUCACCUCAAGGAGCCAGUCCUGCUUCCCAGAGCUACAGCUACCACGCCGCAGGAGAAUACAGCUGCGACUUCUUAACACCUGAGUUUGUUAAGUUUAGCAUGGACUUGACCAACACUGAGAUCACAGCCACAACUUCUCUCCCGAGUUUCAGCACAUUCAUGGACAACUAUAACACCAGUUACGACGUCAAACCGCCCUGUCUGUAUCAAAUGCCCCACUCUGGAGAGCAGUCCUCUAUCAAAGUGGAGGAUGUCCAAAUGCAUAACUACCAUCAGCAGAGUCACUUGACGCCUCAGUCGGAAGAAAUGCUCGCUCAUUCUGGGCCUAUGUACUUCAAACCCUCCUCGCCCCACGCCCCGAGUACUCCAAACUUCCAAGUUCAGCCUAAUCACAUGUGGGAGGACCCGGGCUCCCUCCACAGUUUCCACCAGAACUACGUCGCGGCCACGUCUCACAUGAUAGACCAGCGCAAGAAUCCGGUGUCCAGGCUUUCGCUCUUCUCCUUCAAGCAGUCCCCGCCCGGCACGCCUGUCUCCAGCUGCCAGAUGCGGUUCGACGGGCCGCUGCACGUGUCCAUGAACCACGACAACCCGGGCGCGCACCGCGGCCUGGACGCGCAGAGCUUCGCGGUGCCCAGCGCCAUCCGGAAGCAGGCCGGCCUGGCCUUCCCGCACUCCCUGCAGCUCAGCCACGGGCACCAGCUGGUGGACAGCCAAGUGCCAUCGCCCCCGUCCCGAGGAUCUCCGUCAAACGAGGGUCUGUGCGCGGUGUGUGGGGAUAACGCAGCCUGCCAGCAUUAUGGAGUGAGAACCUGCGAGGGCUGCAAAGGAUUUUUCAAGCGCACCGUUCAGAAGAAUGCAAAAUACGUGUGUUUAGCAAAUAAAAACUGUCCUGUUGACAAACGCCGAAGAAAUCGUUGCCAGUUCUGCCGUUUCCAGAAGUGCCUUGUUGUCGGAAUGGUGAGAGAAGUUGUCCGAACAGAUAAUCUGAAAGGCAGAAGAGGACGCCUACCAUCCAAACCCAAAAGUCCCCAGGAGCCCUCUCCACCUUCGCCGCCGGUGAGCCUCAUAAGCGCGCUCGUGAGGGCCCAUGUGGACUCCAACCCCUCCAUGUCUGCUCUGGACUACUCAAGAUUCCAGGCAAACCCUGACUACCAAAUGACUGGAGACAACACUCAGCACAUCCAGCAGUUCUACGAUCUCCUGACGGGCUCCAUGGAGAUCAUCCGGGGCUGGGCAGAGAAGAUCCCUGGCUUUUCUGAUCUACCGAAACAGGAUCAAGAUCUCCUCUUUGAAUCCGCCUUUCUCGAACUUUUCGUCCUGCGGCUGGCGUACAGGUCCAAUCCAGUGGAAGGGAAACUUAUUUUUUGUAAUGGAGUGGUGUUGCACAGACUGCAGUGUGUCCGCGGAUUUGGAGAAUGGGUAGACGCCAUCGUUGAGUUUUCUUCCAAUUUACAGAGUAUGAACAUAGAUAUCUCUGCGUUCUCCUGCAUCGCAGCUCUGGCCAUGGUGACAGAGCGACACGGGCUUAAGGAACCCAAGAGAGUCGAGGAUCUCCAAAACAAGAUAGUCAACUGCCUCAAAGAUCAAGUGACAUUCAAUGGCGGGGGUUUGAAUCGUCCCAACUACCUGUCAAAACUCUUGGGAAAGCUCCCCGAACUGCGCACACUAUGUACCCAAGGUCUGCAGCGUAUCUUUUACCUAAAGCUAGAGGACUUAGUCCCUCCGCCAGCAAUAAUUGACAAGCUUUUCCUCGACACCCUCCCUUUCUGAGUCUGACUCAAAGGCGAAACCUCAAAGAACUUCCAAAAGACUGAGUCCAACUUAACAGAUGUGCAACAUUAUUGUUUCUGAUUAUUGUUAUUUUUUCCCCUCUAGCUCCUUACAGGCUAUUAGAACAACAUGAAAUAAAAAACCGAAGAAAGUAGCAGCGUUUAAUCGCUGCGAAGGUCUUUUAAUUCAUUGCAACAUGUUUUUUCGCCCCGAUUUACUUAAUUUUAUUUGUAUUUAUUGACGGUGUCAAGCAAAUAACUUAUUUCUAAGAAUUUCACUUAGGAGAACGGCAAAAGUUAGGCUGAUCUUGCUACCACUUACUGUUCUUUUAACAUCGGCUCUACUGAUUCAUCCAAAUGUAAUAUAUGCCAUUUAUAUAUAUACAGUAUAUAUAAACACACGCACACACGCGCACGCACACACGAUGUAUAUUAUGAUAGAUUAUGUGAUGCCACAUGUGCAUCGGUUUAUAACAUGUGUACAAAGUUUGUUAUAAUGAAAAGAUUGACUUUUCUUUUCUUUUUGGACUCGUGCCUAUGUGUUUCUGACAGGAUCCCAGAAGUAUCCAGAUAAGACAACGCAUGUUCCAGUUUCUGUUUUUCCUUCUUUCCUUUUCUUUUAUAGGCACUUGCUGAGGUGAUGUCUAUAUAUAAUAUAUACCGGACACUAUGUAGUCUGCUAGAUUUGAUACAGAUUCGUAGUUAUGGCACUCAUUUUAUGUAUGAUGCAUAAGUGGAAAAUAUUUCAUCUGUAUAGAAAAUGAGGGACCCAUGGUGUUUGUAAAACUGUCAGACAUUCCUUGUUUGUAUGUGCUGUAAGUAUUGUUGCUGUUGAAUAUAAACGUUUCUAUAUAUUUAUUAUUUCUAUUGCCAAGAGCUACACUAAGCAUGGUGCAAUUUAAACGAAUUCAAACCAUCCAAGUUCAUGCUGAGCACGUUGUCUAUGUUUUGUCUUAUAAACGUCUAGGUAGUUAUGAUUUAACACGUUUGGAAGUGGGAAAAAACAUCUUAAGAGGAAAUUCAUGAGUGUGUGGUAUAGGCCUACAUCCCUGGCAUCAUGGUGUAAUUACAACUGUAACACAUUCGCUGCCGAAUUAAAAACAACUUUAGAGAGAAAGAAAUAUUUAAUGUUUACAAAUAAAACUUUUAAAUCAAUUUCUUGAUAAAUACUUUCUCUGGAAUUAAUAUUGUAACUUCAAUUUGAAAUAGAAAUGAGAUACUUUGGCUCAACGUUUUUCUUAUCAAAAGAAAACGAUUUAAUUUCCAUAUGUACAAUGUUCCAGCACUCAGACGC